GUUGAACACAUUCUAAUGGUAUGCGGGAAGUAUGGAGAGCAGAGGGAUCGGUUCAGAAUGGUGCUGGACCAGGCAGAAGAGACAUUUGGGAUGGGAAAUGUUCUGCAGAUGAAAAGGGCCAAUAUUCAAAAAGGGCUAAUAAAGUUUCUCAGGGACACAGGGCUGUUGGACAGGAUAUAGGAAGAGGGUAAUUCAUCAGUAUUUAAUUUGGCUGUUAGUAUUACAUUUAUCCAAUUUUUUGGCUCGGGUUUUGUCUACACUCUGGGUGUGUUUCACUGGUUGUCAGGAGCGAUUACUUUUAGUCUGUAACUGCCUGAUCUCGUGCUAAACCGUCGGUCCAGUAGGUGGCAGUAAUGCCCCACGGCACCGAGGGGUAAACUGCCCAUAAACAAAAAGAAGAAGAAGAAGAAGAAGAAGAAGUCAGUUCAGGACAAAGGAGGCUCAGAACUACUUGACUGGAACCGUCCAUCUUCAAGUGGUCUUUAUGCUUGUUAUAGCUUAGCUUAGUUUAGCUUAGCUUAUUUUAGCUUGCGAACACAGAACAACGUGGUUCGACGCUUGAACAUCAAGUUGGAGCCUUCUAAAGUGUGCAAAAUGCGCGCAAGAACGACGCCAGCGGCAAAAUUCGAGGCGGAACUUUGUGGCGCAAAAGAUCUGCGACAACAUCAACGCUCGACGUCUUGCGAAAUGCAAGUAAAAGUUGUGCCUUGCACACUACCAGAUCUAUAUGUCAGCCAAGCCCAUCAUCCUGAGCACCAAGAGUCUCCAUGCAUCAAAGAGGAGGAAGAGUCCAGACCCAUCCAAGGUUUCAGCAAAUAUCUUGGUCCUGAGUGGCAUGAGUCUGAGUCUCUUGGUGUUAAAGAGGAAGUAGAGCACCUGCAUAUGAAACAGGAAGAGCCAGAGCACCCUCAACAGCAAAAGACAGAAGUGCAACUUCCAAUCAAAAAGGAGGAGUUAGAGCUGCUAUGCCUUAAAGAGGAGGACGAUAUCACCAUGUCAACUGGUGAGCCCUUGAAUAGCGAGGAUGGUCCGAGUGAGGCCAGCAGAGGGAUGGAGCCUCCAAGCAACAGCUCAACAGAAGGAUCGCAAGCACACAUUUUCAUCGCACCAUCAGAUAGAAUUGGCGCCACGUCCCACUCACAUUACAGAGAUGAUGGUCAUAAGAUAUCUCACUGUGACGACAAACUCUGUAAAUUCUCUCAGUGUGGGAAAACUUUUGCUUAUAAGUAUACUUGUUGUAUGCAUAUGAGGAGCCACACAGGUGAAAAACCUUUUGUCUGCUCAGUUUGUGGUCAAAGAUUCGCUCAGAAGGACUACUUAACAAAACACACAAGAACCCACACUGAUGAAAAACCUUUUGUCUGCUCAAUUUGUGGUCAAAAAUUCAAUCAGAAGUACAACUUAAAGACACACAGAAGAACCCACACUGGUGAAAAACCUUUUUCCUGCUCAAUUUGUGGUCAAGGAUUCAGUCAUAAGAGUACCUUAAAUGUACACACAAGAACCCACACUGGCGAAAAAACUUUUUCCUGCUCAGUUUGUGGUCGAGGAUUCAGUCAAGAGAGCAACUUAAAAAGACACACAAGAACCCACACUGGUGAAAAACCUUUUUCCUGCUCAGUUUGUGGUCACAGUUUCACUGAAAAGAAAAUCUUAAAAACACACAUGAGAAACCACACUGGCGGAAAAACGUUUUCCUGCUCAGUUUGUGGUCAAGGAUUCGCUCGAAAGCAAAGCUUAAUUGGCCACACAAGAACCCACACAGGUGAAAAACCCUUUUCCUGCUCAGUUUGUGGUCGAGGAUUCAGUCAAGAGAGCAACUUAAAAAGACACACAAGAACCCACACUGGUGAAAAACCUUUUUCCUGCUCAGUUUGUGGUCACAGUUGCACUGAAAAGAAAAUCUUAAAAACACACAUGAGAACCCACACUGGCGAAAAAACCUUUUCCUGCUCAGUUUGUGGUCAAGGAUUCGCUCUAAAGCAAAGCUUAAUAGGCCACACAAGAACCCACACGGGUGAAAAACCCUUUUCCUGCUCAGUUUGUGGUCGAGGAUUCAGUCAAGAGAGCAACUUAAAAAGACACACAAGAACCCACACUGGUGAAAAACCUUUUUCCUGCUCAGUUUGUGGUCAAAAGUUCAAUUGCAAGAGCAACUUAAACAAACACGAAAGAACCCACAGUGGUGAAAAACCUUUUUCCUGCUCAGUUUGUGGCCAGAAAUUCAGCCACAAGACCAACUUAAAAAGACACACAAGAACCCACACUGGUGAAAAACCUUUUUCCUGCUCAGUUUGUGGUCACAGUUUCACUGAAAAGAAAAUCUUAAAAACACACAUGAGAACCCACACUGGCGAAAAACCUUUUUCCUGCUCAGUUUGUGGUCACAGUUUCACUGAAAAGAAAAUCUUAAAAACACACAUGAGAACCCACACUGGCGAAAAACCUUUUUCCUGCUCAGUUUGUGGUCAAGGAUUCGCUCUAAAGCAAAGCUUAAUAGGCCACACAAGAACCCACACGGGUGAAAAACCCUUUUCCUGCUCAGUUUGUGGUCGAGGAUUCAGUCAAGAGAGCAACUUAAAAAGACACACAAGAACCCACACUGGUGAAAAACCUUUUUCCUGCUCAGUUUGUGGUCAAAAGUUCAAUUGCAAGAGCAACUUAAACAAACACGAAAGAACGCACAGUGGUGAAAAACCUUUUUCCUGCUCAGUUUGUGGCCAGAAAUUCAGCCACAAGACCAACUUAAAAAGACACACAAGAACCCACACUGGUGAAAAACCUUUUUCCUGCUCAGUUUGUGGUCACAGUUUCACUGAAAAGAAAAUCUUAAAAACACACAUGAGAACCCACACUGGCGAAAAACCUUUUUCCUGCUCAGUUUGUGGUCACAGUUUCACUGAAAAGAAAAUCUUAAAAACACACAUGAGAACCCACACUGGCGAAAAACCUUUUUCCUGCUCAGUUUGUGGUCGAGGAUUCAGUCAUAAGACUACCUUAAAUGUACACACAAGAACCCACACUGGCGAAAAAACUUUUACCUGCUCAGUUUGUGGUCAAGGAUUCGCUCUAAAGCAAAGCUUAAUAGGCCACACAAGAACCCACACGGGUGAAAAACCCUUUUCCUGCUCAGUUUGUGGUCGAGGAUUCAGUCAAGAGAGCAACUUAAAAAGACACAAGAACCCACACUGGUGAAAAACCUUUUUCCUGCUCAGUUUGUGGUCAAAAGUUCAAUUGCAAGAGCAACUUAAACAAACACGAAAGAACCCACAGUGGUGAAAAACCCUUUUCCUGCUCAGUUUGUGGCCAAAAAUUCAGCCACAGGACUGACUUAAAAAGACACACAAGAACC